CAUACACUAAAGCCCAAUAACCUAAAAAAACAAAAUAAAAUACGCGUCUCUGUCUAUAUGCACGAAAGUGAUCAACCGAUAGAACCGUGAGAUCUCUCUGCUUCAAGAGUUCAGAGGAAAUCAUUUUUCUCUGAUCGGAAUCUGAAAACAACGAAUCGGAAUGGGUUUCUUGAUAACGACACUGAUUUUUGUUGUGGUUGGAAUCAUCGCAUGUCUCUGUACCAGAAUUUGUUGCAACAGAGGACCUUCUGCUAAUCUAUUUCACCUAACUCUGGUCAUUACUGCGACAAUAUGCUGCUGGAUGAUGUGGGCAAUUGUAUAUCUGGCACAAAUGAAACCACUCAUAGUACCUAUACUAAGUGAAGGCGAAUAAGUAUGUGAACAGAUGUAGCUUCUUGUAUGGUAGAGAAUAUGGAUCUCAGAUUGGUUGCUGGAGAGAAUUUGAUAUCAGCUCUCGUUAGUCAUUGAUUAUUUUCUAAGGGUGGAUAUGUAUGUAUUUCUUGUUGGAUAAUGGCAUUUCUGUUGUUGCCUGAUAAUGUCGUGUUACAGUUGUUGUAUUCAACCCUCAUUCAUUUCAGAUGUUGGUUCAAUUUCAAAUCAUUUGUGAAAAAUAACAAAUUACACAUUAGUUAUAAAUAAAAUAAGAAAAUAACUUUAUUUUAAUCAA